AGACAUUUGAGGCCUGCGGGAGACUGUGCGGGGUCCAGCUUUGCGCUGAGACGCUCUGGCGCCAGAAUGGACCGGAGGAAAAAGCCUUUGGAUGUUACGGCCUCCUCGUUGGUAGACCUUAAGGCUGAACUCUUCCGAAAACAAGAAGAAUUCAAACAAGAAAAACUUCUAAAAGAUUCUGGCGUUUUGGGAAAACCAAAAACAACUAAUAAGAAACCAAGUAUCUGGAGCAAACAGAAUGCAGGAGUUUCAAAUCGAGCUGAGAAGGAUGCAGAACAGAAGAUCGAGGAACAGAAGACUUUAGACAAAGCAAGGGAGAAAUUGGAAGAAAAAGCCAAAUUAUAUGAGAAAAUGACUAAAGGAGACUUUAUAGAUGAAGAAGUGGAGGAUAUGUACCUUGUGGAUUUCACGCAGAAGAUCAUAGACAAACACAAAGAAAUGGAGGUGUUUGGUGCCAAUAGAGAUUCUAGAAAGGCAGCAGAAAGAGAUGAUGAUGAAGAAAAUCUUUCUGAAAAGGAUAUACCUCCUCCGCAGGACCCCAGUGAAGAAUGGGUGGAUUAUGUGGAUUCUUUAGGGCAAUCUCGGCGCUGUAUGAAAAAGGAUUUGCCAGAUUUGCUGGAGAUGGAUAAAAAUCUUCAAGGGAGGCUUUUCAUUAGUCCUGCUAAUGAGAAAACCUUAUUAUCCGAAGAUAUGAGAAAAGAACUUCAGCGCCAGCAAUGGGAGGAAGAAGAAAGAGAGGCCUUGAAAAGGCCAAUGGGGCCCAUCCAUUAUGAAGACAUUCAUGAAAAUGAGGCCCGGCAACUUGGUGUUGGAUAUUUUGCUUUUGCUCGAGAUAAAGAGUUGAGAAAUAAGCAGAUGAAAACAUUAGAGAUGCUGCGUGAACAGACAACAGAUCAGAGAACAAAACGAGAGAACAUAAAGGAAAAGCGAAAGGCUAUGUUAGAAGCAAGACUUGCUAAACUCCGACAAAAAAAGAUGAAAAAGUCAAAAGAAGAUGGAGCAGAGGAAGAAAACAGAGAUGUUAUUGGACCUUUGCCACCAGAACCAGAGGCUGUGCCAACUCCACAUACUGCUGCCCAGAGCAACAAAGUGGAAGUCAUUGUUCAGGAGAGGAAGGAUACCAGGCCCGGAGUGCCCCAUGUCCGAGAUUGGGACAGAGGAAAAGAAUUUUCCUUUGGGUACUGGUCGAAGAGGCAGUCAGAUCUCUGGGCCGAGAGAGAUCCUGAGUUUGCUCCACCAUCAGAUUACUUUGUGGGUCAAAAGAGAACUGGUACCUUUGGUAGCCAGACAUGGAACAGACCUGCACCUGCACAGAGUGACUCAGGACAGCGCUCUGGCCAGAGCCAUGACCCCAGCUCUUCACAUACAUCAUCCACUCCCGCCCCCAGCAGGCCACCACAAGCCGCCACAGUCACUUUCAAAACUCUGGAUGAUAUGAUAUCGUAUUAUAAACAAGUGACAUGAACUUCAAAA